AUGAGCUUGUCAGGUUUGUUAGGUUUGAGAUUACCACUUAUACAGGUGCUUGGGAAGCCCUAUGUAUCGAGAAGUUGGUGGAGAUCAUAUGCGGUCAGUUCACACACAAGUCUUGAGGGAAGAAUCACUGUGAAGCCAUUGGAGUCUAGAAAGACAUUUUUGGUUGAUUCGUACAAGCAUAUGAUGGAAACGAGCCCAGUGGUACUCUUUGUCCAUUAUAAUAAUUUGAUGAAAAAUGAGGACCAUCAUUAUAGAUCACUCGUAAAGCAACAAGGCGGUAGAUUGACCAUGUUGAGAAACAGUCUAUUCUCAGUUUAUCUGAAAAAUUCAAAGGCCUCAGAUCCCUGUGCUCCUCUGAGUCGAAAGAAACAGAAUAGGAAACACCCUCUAUUACCAUUAUUAAAAGGACCUACAGCAGCGAUCACCUUUGCAGAAACUAAUCCUGUAAGCGUUGCCAAGAUCCUAAAGAUGUUGGAAAGGGCUCAGGAUAAACUGUUCGUUGUGGGAGCCAAGGUCGAGACAGAGGUUUACGACGUUACUCAAUUGAAUCAAUUCAAGACGCUCCCCAGCAAGCCAGAACUGCAGGCACAGCUCUUGGGGCUACUUAACGUUCUCGGAGGUGCUGGUUUAGUGAGAACGCUAGAGGCUGGCUCUCAAACGCUAUAUUUGACGCUUUCUUCGCAUCAGGAUAACCAAUCCUCGGACAACAAGAAGGAGGAAUAA